ACUUGUAAUGCCAAAAAACUGUAUACCUUCCAAUGUAUCUUAGGGACUUUGGUGAUGAACCAUCCUUAGGGAACUUGCUAUUUUCAACAUACCUGAAAUUAAAUGAAUAUAAGAAAAUUUAUUAGCCUUUUAAAGGUAAUAGAAAGAUGACAAUUGCCAAAUUUAGCUACAUUUACUUUGUGGUUGGUUCAUCCCAAUACUGGGCAUUUCCUUCAUUUGUUGAAUAGAUCUUUCCUUUCUUUGGAACCUGUUCGUAGAUGCAGUAAUGAAGCAUGAUUAAUGGAUCACACAGGCGAAGCACAGAGGACAGACCUAAUGACGAUUACUAGACAUGUUCUUAAUGAGCAGUCGAAGCACCCUGAAGCUCACGGCGACUUCACAAUCUUGCUCAGUCACAUUGUUCUUGGCUGCAAAUUUGUCUGCAAUGCUGUUACCAAGGCAGGUCUUGCAAAACUCAUUGGACUUGCAGGACAGACAAAUACUCAGGGUGAAGAACAGAAGAAAUUGGAUGUACUGUCAAAUGAUGUUUUUGUCAAGGCUUUGAUAAGCA